CAGAGCAGCUCAUGUGGAGGAGACAACGAGGAUAUACCAGCUAGCAUGCGCGGACAAUUCACGUAAAUGGCGCGUUUUAAAAGGAGUUUAUACCAGCGUCUGCUGUUUGUCUUUUUUCUCCCAAUCUCAGGUGUGUUGUGCUUUAGUGAGUUAUUUUUCAUCAAGGAGCCCCUCGAUGUCACUGUCAUGCGGAAAGAAGCAGCUAUUUUGGACUGUCAGGCACGUGGAGAAGCACCCAUUGAUGUCAGAUGGCUCAAGAAUGGAGUAAAAGUCGCAGAGAACGAACGGGUGUACCUGCUCUCCAAUGGCUCCCUUUUUAUUUCAGAGGUGGAGAGCAGAAGAGGAGACAAAUCAGAUGAAGGGUUUUAUCAGUGCCUUGCUCAGAACAAGUAUGGAGCAAUCCUGAGCCAGAAAGCCCGCCUUACAAUCGCAAGUAUUGCCUCAUUUUCAGUCCAGCCAACUUCUGUAGUGGCGACUGAAGGAUCAGUCGCCAGGUUUUCCUGUAAAAUCGUUGCACACCCGCCUCCCAUCAUCACUUGGGAGUUCAAUCGGGUCACAUUACCUCUCAUCACUGAAAGAAUCACAGUCCUGCCCAGUGGCGUUCUUCAGAUUCAGGGUGUGCAACGAGCUGAUGCUGGAAGUUAUCGUUGCAUUGCCACCAAUGUUGCCAGUCGCCGGCGAAGCGUUGAGGCCACCCUCACUGUGACUCCAGCACCCAGACCCCAGGUUCCUCAGAGACCUCGUAUCAUCGCUGCACCGCAGAACAUCUCGGUGUCACUGCACCAAACUGCCAUCCUGGAAUGCAUGGCCACAGGCAAUCCCCGACCCAUCAUCUCCUGGAGCCGAGCAGACAGCAAGCCUAUUGAUGUAUACAAUACCAAAGUGCUGGGCAACGGCAACCUCAUUAUCACAGACAUCAAACUGCAGCACGGAGGAGUCUAUUUGUGCAGAGCCACCACUCCUGGCACUCGCAACUAUACCAUGGUUUCAGCUAAUGUCACUGUGCUAGCAUCACCUUCCUUGGUGGAGUGGCCCGAGAGCCUGACGCGUCCCCGAGCUGGCACCGCCCGCUUUGUUUGCCAUGCCGAAGGAAAUCCAACACCUCGGAUCACUUGGCUCAAGAACGGAGAGAAAAUUCACUCUAAUGGUCGGAUCAAGAUGUACAACAGCAAAUUGGUCAUCAACCAGAUCAUCCCAGAGGAUGAUGCCAUCUAUCAGUGCCAGGCAGACAAUGAGCAGGGAUCGGUCCUCUCCAUGGCGAGGCUCAUUGUGGUGAUGUCAGAGGACCGACCGAGCGCACCCAGGAAUAUCCGAGCCGACACUGUGUCAAGCUCUGCCAUCCUUCUGGCUUGGGAGAGGCCUUUGUAUAACUCCGAUAAAGUUAUUGCUUACUCUGUGCACUACAUGAAGGCUGAAGGAUUAAACAAUGAAGAAUAUCAAAUUGUCAUUGGAAACGAUACAACUCGCUAUAUUAUUGACGAUCUGGAGCCAGCUUACAACUACACCUUCUACGUAGUGGCCUACAUGCCGAUGGGAGCCAGUCGCAUGUCGGACAACGUGUUCCAGCACACGCUUGAGGAUGUUCCCCUCCGUGCCCCAGAGCUCAGCCUCACCAGUCGCAGCCCCACAGACAUCCAGGUGUCUUGGCAGCCUCUUCCAGACAAGCUGAGUCGUGGCCGAGUCUGCAGCUACCGCUUAUCCUAUCGUACCAGUUCUGACAGCGCGGUCUCACAGAUAGAACUACCUGGAGAAAAGACCCAGCAUCUCCUGGAAAACCUGCAACCUGACACCAUCUACCUUCUGCGUAUUGUUGCUGCCACCAGUGUCGGGUGGGGUGAGCAGUCAGCCUGGACAUCACACCGCACUCCGAAGGCAUCCGGUGCUCAAGUUCCUCUGGCUCCCGAGCUGCAUUUGGAGUCUUUAAACUGCACCACUAUUCUGGUACGCUGGCAGCUAGCUCCCAGAAACUCAGCUAGUGUGCGGGGCUACAAACUCUUCUACCAUGAGGAGAGUCAGCCAGAGAGCACCCCAGUUCAGCUUCACGCCUCAGAUAAUAAACACACCAUCGGAGGCCUCGAUCCAAGGAAGAAGUACCAUGUUAAGAUCCUGGCUUAUAAUGUUGUGGGAGAUGGAUACCAGGCAGACCAGACGAUCAGCACACCUGGAUGUGUCUCUGUUCGAGAUCGCUUGGUGCCCCCUCCACCUCCUCCACACAACGUGUAUGCUAAGACCAACAGUUCCACCGCCGUCUUUCUGCACUGGGGCCGACCAGCCUUCACCUCCAGCCACGCCGUUAACUACACCGUGCGCUGCAAUCCAGUAGGCCUGCAGAAUGCCUCCCUGGUGCUCUACCUGCAGACGAGUGAACAAAGUUUCCUCGUCCAAGAUCUGGAGCCAAACACGAAGUAUGAAUUUGCCGUUCGCCUCCAUCUUGACCAGUUGUCCAGCCCCUGGAGCCCUGUAGUCUAUCAGAGCACCUUCCCUAAAGCUCCAACGCGGCCUCCUUCCAACAUCAAAGUGACUCUAAUCGAGGAGGACACAGCGCUCGUUUCAUGGAAGCUCCCCGAGGAACCUAAUGUACCUGUGACACGCUACACAAUUCUCUACGCUUCUAGAAACGCCUGGAUAGCUGGGGAGUGGCAGGUGAUGGAAAGAGAAGGGACCAUCACCAUGGCACUGCUGGAGAACCUGAAGCCCGGCCAGAUUUACUUGGUGAAGGUUUCAGCAUCCAACGACAUGGGUGACGGACCGUUUUCUCACGCGGUGGAGCUGACAGUACGAGAAGAUCUUCCCCCUGGUCUCGAUCUCCGGCUCCCUCGUGGCUCCACACACUCCACAGUGUUUUCUGAUAGCUUCUACCACCUGGAUCAAAAGUCAAUGACCGGUAUAAGUGUGGGAGUCUGCAUCGCUCUCAUCUGCAUCAUUAUCUGUGCCUUCAUCAUUGUCUGCAGAGGCAAAAACAGGAAAUUUUCCGCUGUGAAAACAUACAGAGAAGGAGUGAGCACAUCUGCUGCAGGUGCAAGACCUCCGGCCUCUGAAGGACAAGCUGAGAAUGCCGAUGUGACUGUGCCAAUGAUGAGUCAAAACCGUUUCCUUGAUGCUAAGGGUGGAACAGAUCUCAUCAUUAAUUCUCUCGGCCCAGUUCAGUGCACCGCUGAGAGGAAAAGGAAAUGGUUCUCCUUCAGCAGUAAUGUGAAAGAGGAGAGUAAAACCACACAGAACACAAGACGUGACGCUGUCUCCUACCAUCCUGGCACCACAGUGCUGACCUACGAAGAGGAGCUUUCUCCAAGCCAGCCCACCACCCUGCGUCCCGGCGACACGGAGGGAUCUUCUAAUAGCGAGGGCAGCCACGCAACCGGUGAUUCAGGUCGCUAUUCUCACGAUGAAACAGAGCUGGCCAACUUGUCCUCUGGUCCCAGCAGCCACCUGCCGUCCCCCACGGCGGAGGAUGAGAGAGAGCCAGACUGCAGCCGUUGCGGUGAAGAGCCAAACAAGCUGUCAGAAGAAAGUCAGACUAGACAGAAGGCGGAGGAAUUAUUCAAUACCAGCUGCUGUCAUCACGAAGCCCAGAGCAAAGUGUGAAGGCGUGGCUGUGAACUUGUGUGCUUGCGUGUGAGGUUGUGAAGGCAGCAGUUUACUUAAAGAAACAUUCGCAUCAUAUAAAAGUGUGUGCACUCACCACAGCUUUGUUUUUUAGUUUAUUCCCACUGCAUGCCAAUGAGGGCAAUGAAAAAUGACAGGAAUAGUUCCACCAUGGGAUGUUUCUUGUGGAAAGUUCGAUGAGAAGAUUGAAAGCACUCUUAUGUCUGUCAAAUAUGAAAUUGCAGCCAGCAUCUGGUUAGCUUAGCACGAAGCGUGGAAACAUCUAGCCUGGCAAUAUAAAGAGGUGACAAAAUCCACCUUUCAGCACCUCUGCAACUCAAAAAUACAUGUUGCCUCUCACUUGUUUAAAGGGUUUAAGUGUUUAAAGAAAAAUUGUGGAUUCAUGAGGUGUUCUGAGUUUGACUUGUUGUGUUAGUUGCAUUGCAGAGCUAAGAAAUAGCCUGGUACAUACCCCUCCAUAAAUCAAAAGUGACAUAAGCAUGAUAAUCAGAGAGAUUGAGAUCUGCUGGUGAGUGUUUCUACAGCUGUUCUAGGCUGAGUGUUCCUGGCAAUUAAUUAAACCACCUUUUAAACAGAAAAAAGACUAGUAGGCUGACUAAAAUUCAAAAACAUGCAGGAAACCAUCACAAGUGAGCACAGUCUAAUGGAGGAGGUUAAAUACUGUCCAUAAAAAUGCUGGCUAUAUAUUGUAAAGCUAUUUGAAUCCAUUAAUCCCAUUCUUCAGUAACCAAAUUGUAUUUAAAUGUCACUGAAAUGUGUGGCUCUUUGCAUUGUGAAUUACAUUGCACACAUGCACCUGUCAAGAAUGUCAGUUUAGUCUGACAUAACUGACAUAGGAAUUCAUUUUAAAGAUGAAAGUUCUGCAGAGAUGUGUUGCUGUCAUCUCUUGUCCACCUGUCACAGAGGGAGGGGUUUUCCCACCUGUAAAAUACCAAUAAUUCGGUAACCUGAAUAGUGUUUCUGUUUUUCUAGUGAGGUCUUUGAGCCAAGCUAAGCUGCCCACUGUAGCGUCAAAUUAAAGCAAAUAAGAUGUGAGCGAUACCAAUCUUCUUAUCCAACUCUACACCAAAGGAGAACAAGCAGCAAUAAGAUCUCACUGAAACUCAACCACAUAAACCUGAUAAUGUCAUUUUAAGGUGCAGGUAAACUGCUGGUGUGAAUGUGAGUGUGAGAGUUGUUUUUGUUUUUUGUUUGUUUUUUUUUCUCUUCUUGGCAGGAAAGCUCAUUUGAUUUUUUUUUUAACUUCAUUCUCUUUUUCUUUCACUGUCUGUUUUUAUUUUCUCUUUAUUUGCUUGUAUAUUUUUCUCACCCACCAUGAAUGUUUAAAGGGAGUGUCAUAGUGACAUUUCUGAUACUAUUUAAGAGUUUAUCACUGGAGCGAAAGGGAGGUCCUUUUUGCUGAUUAUCUACCUCGGUUUGCCUCAGGGUAAACCUCCCACUGUGUAUUUAAUAACUACUUAUACCUGCGUUGUGUGAUGGGCUGCUUCAGUUACAUUACAUGUUAUACUUCCUCGUCUUUUCUCCUUGCUUUGUUCUGAUGUACGGGAUGGUAAGGGCGCUGCAGCUCGCUCCCCUCGCUCCACCUGUGGUGUGGAUGGAAGGAUGUAAAACACACUUGCAGUUUAUUUAUCCCCUCAGAUGUCGCUGAGGUACUGAGCCAGUAUUAAUAGGUUUUUGUUCAGUUUUGAUCCAUUAUUGAGUAAUGGUGUGAUAAUGAAUGUCUGAAUUUUGCUUUGUAUGUCAGUGUGCAGCUGCCCUUGCUACUCCUGUUUUAUACUACCUCGUUUAAGAAUUAUUUUAUUGUCUUUUAUUGUUUUCCUAAACUCAGGGAACAAAGUUUAGUACGUUUAGUGUUAUAUGAUGGACUGACAGGGUAUCUUCUCAGUACUAAGCUGUUGUCGUGUGGAAUUGCCUCAAAGAAAACGCUAUGAAUGUAUCUCUGACAUUAUGUGCCAGUAGCUCAGAUGUUUGUGCUGUUCUCCCCACAGACGGACACAUCUGUGGGUCCUUUAAUGUCAGUUUGUUGACUUCUUCAAUGUACCUGUGUAAAGAUUCACACCAGAAGUGCUUGCAGCAGCAUGUCGGUAUGGAAAAGCUUUAUAAUUGGCCUUAAUGUGGACAGCGUCCCUCAGACGCCCAAACCAAAGCCUAAUCUCUCUGAGGGAGACGCCCCACGUGAGGAUGCAACACGUGAAGAGUGAUUGUAGUGGAAGUGUUUAAUCAGAGACUGAAGUGAAGAAUCAAAUGAACAACAUUUACUUAGAAAAAGUCUAUUUUUGUUAGAGGAUGAUGUACUUUGUAGUUACUUUUGUUCCAAGUAUUUUUGCUUUGCUUUAGAGUAGAUACAGGUUAGCACUUGUCUGGAAAGUAGUGCCAAUGUGCAGCGGUGACUGUGACGCUUUGCUUUUAUUUUAGUUCCUCAACUGAUCUUCGGCUGAAAUAACUGAAACCAAAGACCAAAGAUGAAACUCAGCUUUGGAGAUCAGUUGAUCCUCAAACAAAGCCUUGCACAUUAGUGGCCUUGACCCACGACAGAAAAAAAAAAAAAAAAAAGGUGGGGGGUUGGGGACAAAAAGGAAAUAGGGAGAGUUGUGGGUUAAAACUCUGUGGGAGUGCCUGCAGGAUUCACGGGCACUGAAUGGACGGAUGAUGACUAAUCAACUUUAUGCACACGAGCCAAAGUAUCCUGUUGCAGAGUUCCUCAAAAACUGAAGCAAACACAUGUCUGUAUCGUGUAAGUGAAUGUUAUAAGAGUUAAAUACAGUAUUUUAUAUGGAUUGUCAGUCUGUGUUGUAACAGUGCAGUUGUGUGCCAAAGUGCACCCACUCGUUUGUCUGCUGUGAAUGUGUAAAAAAAUUAGAAGGAAAAAUGUCAAAAGUACAUUUUUAUAUUAUUACUCUAGUUUGAGUUCAUUCUAAGCGCUCAUAAGUGGAAAUGAAAUGAUCUUCUAGAACACUGGUGGGUGCACAAGUCAGCACAUUUCUGUAUCUUUAAUCAGAGGACUCUGCAGAGGAUUCAAUCAUGUGAAAUAUUUAGGUGACACAAUCAGUUAAAUUUCUUUUUAAGAAGCAAACCAAAGAAUUUUAUUAAAAGGUCACCGUUGCAUAUUGGCGAGAGAUCAAUUUAAAAUCAUCCUAUCUUUGUGUGGAAUGUUAUUUCCAGUGCUGUCAUAUUCAUUUUAUUCUUACUGCAUGAUGUGAGCAGGAUGGAAAUGUUACAGAGUGUCUCAUAAUCAUUUCAUUUCCCACAAUAUCAUCUGGUGUCCUU